GCAAAAUGGAAGGGUUUAAAGAGCAGCUAAGCCCCCUCCUCCGUAGAGCAGGCAGUAUAUAACAUAGGGCAGCAUGCUGCUCUCACAUUUUAUGUUAGAAGUCUGGUUGCAAGAGAGAAUGAAAAGGGUCUUACCAGUACAUUGAGAGCAAGUACUGUCAAAAAGCUGGUUAGAAACAGAAAUAAUGAUGCAGUUUUUCCUGUUACUGCUGCUAGCCAGUUCCAAUGCUGCUGUUCCCCUGGAAAACUUGGGUCAAGAUGACAUCCUCACAGUGCCUUCCGAAAGCCUUACAACAGCACCAAGUCCAACAGAGGCAAAGUCUCGGUUUGCCAUGCUAGACGAUGUCCGCCUUCUUGCAAAUGGCCUCCUUCAACUGGGCCAGAGCUUACGAGAGUUUGUCCACAAGACCAAGAACCAAAUUAAUGAUAUCUUCCAAAAAUUGAAUAUUUUUGACAAGUCAUUUUACCAGCUUGUAGUGGUCACAUCAGAAAUCAAGGAGGAAGAGGAAGAACUGAAGAGGACAACCAGUGUAUUGAAAACAAACAAUGAGGAGAUCAAGAACCUGUCUUUGGAAUUCAAUUCUAAGAUUAAUAACAUUGUGCAGGGGCGUGAACAGCUGCAGAGCAAGGUGGGAAGACUUGAGGAGAGGUUAAAGGGACUGUCAGAGCAUAUGCUCCCUGCUGACCAACUCAAAGAAAUUAGAGCACUCAAGGAGGUGAUUGAAACUCAGGAGAAAACAAUCACAAAUCUACUGAAUGCUGUGCAGGAGCAGCAUGCGCAGCUUGACCAUCAAAAAAUCAAAAUUAAGAAUAUGGAGGAAAAGCUUAACUAUGACAGUUUGCAAAACACAGCUGAUAAGACAAUGGAUUCAGAGACUACAGCUCCAGAUGUGUUUGAGUAUCAGAUAAGAAACACAUCUGAUGUCUAUGAAAAUGAUUUGCCCAUUGAUUGCAGUGAGUUAUUUGAAAGAAAAGAGAACAGGAGUGGAAUCUACAUCAUCGAGCCAAAACAAUCUGAGCCUUUCAGUGUUUACUGUGAAAUGGGUUCUGAUGGCGGUUCAACUGUGAUCCAACGCAGGGUUGAUGGGUCAGUGGAUUUUGACCAGACAUGGGAUAAGUAUGAGAAGGGUUUUGGAGAUCUGGAAAAGGACUUUUGGUUGGGGCUGAAGAAGAUCCAGAGCAUUACACAACAAGGAUUAUACAUCUUGAGAAUUGAUCUGGAGGACUGGAAGGAGGAUAAACACUGGGCUGAAUACCACUUCUCACUAGAUGGUCCCUCUGAGUACUAUGCACUCCAUCUGAGCCACUUCUCCAGUGACCUGGUUGAUGCCAUGGCUAACAGUUCCAGUGUAAGAUUCUCCACCAAAAACCAAAAUAAUGGCAAUCCACAAGCCUCUAACUGUGCACGCAAUUACACAGGUGGUUGGUGGUUUACUGGGUGUGGAGAAAACAACCUUAAUGGAAGGUAUCUAUGGGUUAGAGCUAAAGGACGUUCUGGGAGAAGAAGGGGCCUUCACUGGAAACCUGGAAAUGGGUCAGCAUAUUCCCUCAAGAUGACUAAAUUCUCCAUACGACCAGCCACAGCUGCUGAAGGUUUCAAAUGAAACCGAUAUCCAUGCCAUCUCAGAUAACACGACUGGCAUUUUUAAUCAAACACUGAUAUACACCUCUCACCCAACAUAACACAUACACAAAUCUAUGACACUACAUUUUUGUUGUAAAAGAACAUUUUUGUAGAGGCUGUUACCGCCCACCAAACAAAACUAGUAGUCUCAAAAUACUGCCAUGGUGAAAUGAUGCAACAAUGCCAUAAAGGUCAUAAAGGUAUGAAGAAGAUGGGCUUUAGAACUAUCGUUACACAACAUCAGUCACUAGCAGAAUGGAGCGAUUAAACCAUGCAGACUACAGUACUACAAUAAUGCAGUAGAAGACAAAACAACAAGGACUGAUGGAAAAGCAAUUAAAAAUGUAGCAUUGCUCAGCAAAUCUUUUCAGUAAACAUGAAGGUUCGAGUUGACUUUAGCAUGUUCCAAGUGGAUUAAAGGCAAGUGAAAGUUAGGAUUUGAUAUGGUUUUGUAGUGACUAUGUGCUUUGUUUUGCCCAUUGUUCGUUUUCAUUUUUUACUCAGUAAAGUAUUUAAAUCAUGUACCUGCUAUUACUGUAUGUUAUAUGGUAAAAUACACAGUGCUAUGUAUCUCCUGUUAUUGGGUCACAUUGACUCCUGUCCAUUGUACACAAAUGUUCUGUAAAUGUGUUUCAUCAAGUUCCAUACAAGUGUUCCAAAAGUUCAUUAAAUAAGAAAAUCCA